CAUAUUUACUUUGCAGCAACUUUGCAACAUGAGCCUAGAAUUUGGUUUAUAAUUCGUUUUUACUGUGAUUUAAAAAGUUAAAAUAGGUAUCUACCUAUCAAUUUCAAUAAAAUAUCUUUGGCAAAUUAAAAUUAUUUAAGCCAUGGCCGGGACAGCAUCAAAUCUAUUCAUGCCUGCAAACUUAGUCAAGUUUGAGGAAUUGUGUAUUUUAUAUGAUAAGUUACUGAAAACAAAAAAAGAUAAAAACAUUUAUCAGAAUUCAAACAAAAAUAAGAGACAAGAACAAUAUCAAAUAUUAGAGAAAUUCAUCAAUAAUUUCAAAGUCAAUGUUGCUUCUACUCAUGGAGAUAAUAAGAAUAAAACUAUUUUUCCUGUUUUAAGGCUUCUAUUGCCAGAUCGAGACAGAGAAAGGGGACCUUAUAAUUUAAAAGAAAAGAACUUAGGUGUUUUGCUAGUCAAAGUGUUGUCAUUAAGUAAACAGUCAGAUACUGCUAGAAAGUUACUUAAUUACAGGUCAGUAGAUAAAACUAUAGAGAGUGAUUUUGCCGGAGUGGCAUACUUUGCACUAAAGACUAAUAUACGUACAAAAGAAAGUGAAGUUACAGUUGGUAAAAUUAAUGAAAUACUGGAUAAAAUAGCAAAUGCAGAAGUAGGUAAUAAGGGAUCUGCAUUAGAUGAUGUCUUUGGCUAUGCUCUAAAGAAUUUAACAGCAGAACAGUUUAAAUGGUUUCUGAGAAUCAUAUUGAAGGACCUCAAGCUUGGGAUAGGAUCAAACCAUAUUUUAGCUGCUUUUCAUCCUGAUGCACCUGAAUAUUUCCAAAAUUGUGGCAGCCUUUCUAAGGUGUGUGAUGAGCUCGAAGACGGUGACACUCGUCCCUUGGAGUUGGGCAUCCAAGUGUUCUACGCCGUCAGUCCAAUGCUGUCCGAGCGACUCGACGUGACUCAGUUGGCACAGCACAUCUCGUUUGAUAACACUUACAUAGUUGAAAACAAAUUUGAUGGUGAAAGGUUUCAGAUCCACAUGGAAAAUGGAAAUUUCGAAUAUUUUUCUAGAAAAGGUCACAAAUACUCAGACAACUAUGGAAAAACGUAUGAUUCUGGAUUAUUGACACCCUUCUUAAAAGGCUCUUUCAAUUGUGAUGUUAAAAGUUUUAUACUGGAUGGAGAAAUGAUGGGGUGGCAUAAAGUGAAUGAACAUUUCAGUAGUAAAGGGAUUGCGUUUGAUGUAAAAAAAAUAACGGACCAUUCGAAAUUUCGUCCUUGUUUUUGUGCAUUCGAUGUUUUGUAUUAUAAUGGUACACCUCUGGUUGGUACCAAAGAAAAAGGUGGCUUAACUUUAAAAGAAAGAUUGAAGAUAUUAGAUUCUAUGUUUCAUAAUGUCACUGGAGUUAUUCAACACAGUAUAAGAGAAAAUGUUAAUAAUAGUAAUGACAUAUUGGACAAACUUAAUCAGGCCAGUGAAAAUGAAGACGAGGGCAUUGUUGUGAAAGAUGUGGAUUCUUAUUACAUACCUAGUCGACGGAAUGCUGGGUGGUACAAAAUUAAACCUGAGUACACAGAGAGUACGAUGACAGACCUGGACCUGGUGAUAAUAGGAGCAGAUGAAGCUGCGAACAAGAAACAAGGGCGUGCCAAAUCUUUCCAUGUUGCUUGUGUUGAUAAAGCGGCGCCGGGUGAUUUAGAAUCAAGCACUCGUUGGCUAUGCGUAGCGCGCGUAUCAACGGGUCUCUCUUACUCCGAAAAAGAGAUAUUGUGCUCGGAAUUAGAGAAACAUUGGACGUCGACCCGAGUCGCUUCGGCCCCGCCCCAACUAGUGUUCAACAAGGAGAAACCAGAUUUCUGGAUACUACCCGAACAGUCGACGGUCUUGCAGGUGCGCGCGACGGAGCUCAUACGCAGCGUCAGUUACGGCACGCAGUACACGCUGCGGUUCCCACGCGUGGUGAGAGUGCGUGACGAUAAGCCCGUCGGUGACGUCACCACGCUCCAAUACUUCGACGGCCUCACGCCGGGCAAAGAUCCAGUGAAAAAGCUGAGCACGAAAUCGAUUAAUCCGGAACUAAUGGGUAGCACAGAUAAACUUCCAAGGAAGCGUCGUGCAAAGGAGAUUAAAGUAGCAGAACAGUUUCGCACCACAAUAUCCGAUUCUGUAGAAGUGAUAUCAAAGGCACUGGAAGGAAGAAAAGUAUGCAUUCUAUCCGAUGAUGAGCAGUGUCGGAGGCCGGAACUACUGAAAAUUGUGAAAAGGCACAGCGGCAUUGUCGUUUCAAAUAUUGGACCUGAUACUUGGUGUGCCAUAGUAGGCAAGAUUAACAAACGCGAGAGGGCAAUCAUCAAAUCGCAAUCUUACGACGUAGUCAGCAGUUCUUGGCUCGUUAACUUGCCACCGUCAGAGGUUCCCUGCACCGUCUCACCGUUAGAUUUGAUUUCAAUCAAGAGAACUACUAAACAACUGCUUUGUAGAAAAUACGAUGUUUUCGGCGACAGUUAUACUGAAGAUGUGGACGGAGAAACGUUAAAGAGGAUCUUCGCAAAAAUGGACGAUUGCGACCAAAACAUAUACCUUACGAACCAGGAGAUGUUGAAUGUUGACCGUGACUUAUUCGGCCCGAACAACCCUCACUCCUUCCUGCGAUCUUGCUACAUUCAUUUCCUUAAAAAAGAUAGCUUUACCGCCACCAAAGCUAAGUUAUUCAGUGCCACAAUAUGCGAUCUGCAUUCGUCGAAUCUUACGCAUGUCAUAUGCGAAAAUAUUAAUGGCGAAGAAGCGAAUAAAUUGAAGACAACAAUACAGGCACACAUCGUUUCUAAAUUAUGGCUAGAAGAGUGUUUUACUCAGAGAAAGUUAGUUUCCGAAUCUAAAUUCUUGUCAUGCUAGCACUUCACAAUUUACAUGACUCAUCGUAUUUUUGCUAUUUGUAAACUUGAUAGUUGUAUGUCCUUGUCAUGCUCUAUAGAGAAUGAAAAAGAUAGAGUGCUGUCAAGUUAACAAAUAGGCAAUAGGAAAUACACAUAGCCAUGUGAAGGGCAGUCAUUUUAUGUAUCCUCGUGUUUAUUUUUGCCAAUAUUUGUGAUGCUUGUUAUUUAAUAUUAAUCGAGAUUUUAAUUCAUAAGUUUAACUACUGUUUUAUUACGCUGCUGUAAAAAGAUGCCAUCACCAGAAUGCCGGUUCCAUGCCUGAAAACUAAAAAUGGAAUCUAGUAAACCAACUAUAGAUUUUGAAGAAUUCUGAAAAUAAAAUCAUAUACCUAUACUUUGACUAAGGUCGUCUUCUUAUUUUUCCAUAACCA